UUGAGUCGGCGCUGCACCGUUCUCAGCUACCAAGGUCAAGGCCUCACAGACACACCCUGAACCCCACAACGACAACGAUGUGAUUGCGAGGCGCCCCUUGACUGCUGGACGGGGUUCACCUCAGUGUAGACAUUGGACGGUAUAUCUAAGUGCGAGGUGAAGGACAUGAUGGACGGAAUGACUCUUCGUGGGAAUGGUUUAGUGUAUCCUUCACUCAAAGAAGAAAACUGAGCGGGCUGACAAUCAAAGAAAACUGACAAUGACGCGUUAUCAACUCCUACUGGCCUUGCUCUAUUUCGUCGUCCUGUUAGUAAUCCUGCCAGUCUUCUGCAGUGACAAGAUCUACUCCCUCUUCUACCAGGAGGACCCAUUAAGGAACCAAGAGGUGGAGGUGGUGAAGAGGGAACACCGGAGGAGAGGGGUGAAGGAGUACCUGGAGGAGACUGACGAGCAUGAAUCCCUCACUUUCCACCGCUCCCUACUGCAGGAACCUCUCGACAACCUCAUCAUGGUGAUCGCCAAGCAGCCACAGCACGCCGAGGACAAGGUACUCUCGCAGUCAGUGACGGAGGUGGACAGAAACGUACGCUUCCAACGGCUCUACCGCAACGGCCUGGUGAUAUGCAACGCCUCCAGGACGCCGUUUGAGGAGCUGCGGCAGUUGUCUGGUUUCUAUCCUGUGGUGCAGGCGGAGAACACAACCGCAUGGAAGUUAUUCAACAAGGAGGAAACGAACCGGCAUGACUUCAUGGACUGCAUCAGACAGGGACAGCGGCUGGCCAAGUUCAAAUACCUCACACUGGUCAGAGACGUAAUGGUUCCCUACUCUGGCUUCCUAGAGACACUCAACCAAGUCAUCCACUUACGCCUCACCCACCAGACGGUCCGCGGGGAACUGGUAGAGCGCGGCACCCCCUGGCUCUUCCUGCACCUCCAUGAACCUGUGCCACUCCGACAGUAUGAACUCAGCGGGGAGUGCCUGUGGGAGCUGCUGCUUCUGGCCAUUACUGGAGGGCUGCUCUUCUACACCGUCUUUCGCUAUCUGGAGGGGCCCUCACUGCCAGUAUUCAUGAGAAUCACCUACACCUUCUAUGGCGCCCUCUACUUCGUCACCUUCGCUGUCGUUAUUGGAAGGCCCUACAUCACGGAGCUCAGACGUCUGGCCGCCUGCUUCUACCGUGUGUACGACCCUCCGGAGCCUAUCCACUUCUCAGCCAUCACCUUCCCCAACAGCAGCCUUCAGCCACUCCUGCAGCAGCUCAGCACCCUCCGCUGUUCACUGUACUCCCCCUUCCACGAGGCUCUGGACCACAUGGUGAACACCCUCGAGUAUCCUGGCUUCGUGGUCUCCCCAUCCUUAUUCAGCUACACCGUCAGGAACCCUCUUCCCUCCUGACACAUCAUCACCGUUUUCAUCCAUCCGCUUGCCUUCACACACACACACACACACACACACACACACACACACACACACACACACGGUUUAUCAGGUGGUCAGAAGAGUGAAUGUUUACGGAAAGUGAUGUUACAUAUGAGAGAAUACAAAAUAACUCAAACAGUGAACAAAUGAUUAAGAUAAACCGCAAGAGAACACGAAAAAAAUAAAAAAGAAAGCGAAAAUAAUUAUACAUACACAAGAAGUAGAAAGCAAGUGCCGUGAAAGUAAGAAACGUGAAAGACGAAAUGAAAUGUGUAUUAAUGUUCAUUUGGUGAUUCGUUAUCUGAAUGUAGGAAUAUGUACUGUUUGUCUGUGUGUGUGUGUGUGUGUGUGUGUGCCGUGCCACUCAGUUAACAAGAGUGCUUCCGGAUCCCGCUGUGAAAAGUGAAAGACACACACUUUGUACAACACUGUGCCUUACCAAAUUCAGUGCUUUACGACAAAAUAUAUAAGUAAUAAUAAUAACAAAUAACAAUAAAUCACAACAUAUCGGAUUCUUGUAAUUACUCCUGUAAAUAAUAGUUGUUGCCAGUUUAUUAUUAUUAUUAUUAUUAUUAUUAUUAUUAUUAUUAUUAUAGCAAACCGGUUUUAUUUUUUUCCUCCCUGUCUUUCUUGCGUCUAUGAUUGGCAUCGUGUGUGUGUGUGUGUGUGUGUGUGUGUGUGUGUGUGUGUGUGUGUGUGUGUGUGUGUGUGUGUUUGCCAAAUACCGUAUGCCACUGUGCCUUGGAGCUGUGAUGUUAGUGUAAUCAGACUGUUGUUUAAGUAAAAGGCGUACUGUUCAA